AGAAAGAAGAAGCGAGUGACACGUGUCAAAGAAAAUUAAGGUUAAAAGUAGAAAAACAUAAAAAGUUAAAUAAUGUAAAAGUCCAUCAUUUCGUUCAAAAUAUUAGAAAAAAUUAUUUGUAAACCGGCAACUAGCCACAUAUAUCAAUUAUUAAUAUGUCCAAUUUAGAACUAGAACCAGGGGCGGCGCCCGAAAGUGUCUUAAUGACCACAGAUAUUUUAGAUAAUCUUGAUCAAAUGAGCUCUAGUCUUGAGGAGAUAAAAAGUAUCAGUUAUGUCACUCAAGAAGAAUGUAAUGAGAUCUCAAAUAACGAAAAUUUUGAUUAUAGUAAUAAUGAUAAUGAAGUUCCACCAACUGAGGACGACUUCCACUUGAAUAAAGAAUGGACCAGUAAGCUGAAACAUGUAUUUAUUCUAAGUAUGGCAGGAAAACCAAUUUACUCUAGGUAUGGUAAUGAAGAUAAAUUGGCGUGGCUUUUUGGAGUUAUGCAAACUUUAGUUAGUUUUAUUCAAUCCUCAGAUGAUUGCAUUCAGAGUAUGCAUGCAGGAGAUACACAUUUUGUUUUUUUAGUUAAAAAACCAUUAAUAUUAGUUGCAGUGUCUAAAACAAAAGAAAGUGAUAGUCAACUAAGAUAUCAAUUGAAUUACGCUUUUAAUCAAAUUACAAGUAUUUUAACUCUAGCAAGGCUGAACAAAAUUUAUGAACAAAGGCAAAACUAUGAUCUUAGAAGACUACUUGCAGGUGUCGAAAGACUUAUAGAUCACCUUCUAACUUUCUCAGAAAAUGAAUCUUCUGUUAUGUUGGGAGCUGUUCAAUGCCUACCUCUCAGCGCAUCUAUUAGAGAUACUAUUAGUUCAGCUAUUGUAGGAGCCUGUAGUAAAAUAAAGAAUUUGGUGUUUGCUAUACUAUUAGCCAAUAAUAAGCUCAUCACACUGGUUCGUAUGAAGAAAUAUUGCCUCCAUCCUGCUGACUUACAUCUGAUCUUCAAUUUAGUUCAAGCUUCUGAGAGCCUUAAAAAUUCGGAAAGUUGGACUCCACUCUGUCUGCCGAAGUUCGACGCUAGCGGAUUUCUCUAUGGUCAUGUUUCUUAUUUAUCUGAGGACUGUCAAGCUUGUUUGCUGCUUCUAACAGUUGAAAAAGAUGUAUUUUUCACUCUCAGUGAAGCUAAACAAAAGAUAGUGGAAAAACUGAGACGGAGCAAUUGCUUAGAAGCUAUUAAUGAAUCAUUAGCAGCACCACUAGGGAGUUGUGCGAGUGCUGGGUUCACUGAAAUACGUCAUUAUUUAUAUAAAUGUAAAUCUACUGCCCAAUUUUACCAACCAAACAUAAGUCCUCCUUACACUCAAACUAAAUCUCAUUUAACAGAAAUUUAUAAAAGGACACAUCAUAGGUUACACAGUACUUCUAAACCCCUUAAACUCUUAUUUGAGAGAAAUUCAAAUGAAGCUAUUCUUGCAUGGGAUACUAAGGGUUUCGAACUAUUUGUUGUUUUUGAACCACUUGUAGAUACUUCUACUGCCAUUGUUUUGGUAGGUAGACUUCUAAAUUGGAUUAAGAAAAGAGAAGAAAAGUUUUUCCAUUUAAAUGCACCUACAUUUUAAAAACAAAAAAACACAAGGUUUGUCACUAGUAGUUUUAGUCAAAUUCUUAUUAUCUAUGGCAUUGAAGAUAUCUUUAUAAAAUCAAACUGUAGUAUAAUUCACAGAAAACGUUAAAAUAUUGAAUGAACUUUGGAAUAAUUAGCGAAAAGCUGGUGUAUGAGUUGCUCAAGCAAAUUUGGAAGUAAAAGCAGACUGUAUUUGAAUUUGAUUAAAAAAAUUCGAGCUUUUAACAAUUCUAUUGACUUGAUUUAUGAUAAUGUCUUCUGACUAUAUCCAACAAAAUGUUAUGGUUGUAACGAAUCUCAUCAGUACUGGCACUGUAACAUGUGUUGUUGAUUUUUGUUUAGCAGGAGGCAGGCGGGAGAUCCAUCGUUCUCUUUUGGAUGAAUAGAUUACAAUGUUGUCAAAAGCGUGAUACAGAAGAAUUUAAAAUUAAUAUAUAAAUCGUGCAGCCAGAUUUUUAAUAAAUAUUUCUUCUGACCCCAUUGUCUCAUUAAAAAUGUCACUCAGAUUAGAUAAAAGCUUACAAAACACGCUAUUUGCAAAUAUCUUGUUAACGGUUACAUUUCUUAAAAUAUCAUAGCUACCAAAUUUCUAACUGAGAAAAUUGCAUGAAAAUGUAAACAUUCUUUUAUAUUACACUCAUAACCUACAAUCAGACAAUUCAACGUAUAAUCAAGGUGUCCAGAAACUGAUCCAACAAAUGCAAAUUAUAGAUAUUUAUACCCAUCUAACCUAUUUUAUCUCUAUACAAAAGUUUCUCCUAAAGGAGCUACUACUUUUUGAAGCAUAUUUGAAAAAAUACCACCUACAAUGUUCAAGUUUGGUAUAUUGUACAGUGAUGAAUUGAGGAUUAUACACCCACGUUGUUGCUCCUCCCAACUUCAACUCUUGUGACAGUAGUAAAAUCAGGUUUAUACAAUGUACCAAAUUUUUUUUAAUCAAUUUUCAAGAUAUUCUUCAAGAAAUGAUUUAACAGCGACAUAUCCAAAGGGCUCUAACUCUCUUAGAUGGAAUUUUUGGAUAAAUAAAAAUAGAUAAAAUUACGUCAAGUAAUUUUAGUAUAUGUUGGACAGGAACUCUGUUUAUUACACUCUAGGGCACAAUUUUGAGUAUAAUAUAUUAAAAAAACCAAUAUCAGGAUUAAGUGAUAUUGUGAUCGGAUGUGCUCACUUAAUAUUUUUAUUUAAUUUUCGUAAAUUCAAAACAACGCAGAAAUGAAAACUAUUAGUUUCGCGUCUUAAAAGUAAUACUUGUUUUUUUAUGCAAUUUUCUAAGCUAAAAUGUUUGUUACCAUCAUUUCUUUAAUAUAAGCUAACGGGAGAUUUGCAAUAAACCGUUGGGGCUAGGAUUUUUAGGAAACACCAAUAAAGGUUCAUGCAAAACUUUCACCUAAUUUUUCCAAAGUAGAAUGUCUUCUCUAUAUCUGUACUGGUACCCAUGCAUAUAGCACUCCAAAUUGUAUAUCUUAUCAUACAUUAUAAAUACUCAAGAUCUCUAAUAUUUAUUAUGUAGUGAACAUGAAUAUUUAAGCUUAUUAAACUUUCCAAUCCUUUCUUGAGAAUUUUUAACAAUAAGGGAAAAUGAAUAACUAAUGAAAUUUGUGCAAUAGUUAACUCUUAACAUACAAUGAAGAUAAUAGUAUUACUUAUUUAUGUAUUGUAAUAAUCAUGUAUCAACAAUAACAAAUGAAUUCAUUGGUAUUCAAGAAAAAUCAAUUUUGGUAUUAAAAUUUUUAUUGAUUAGAUGCUAGAAAAAUCUUUCAAAAUAUAAAUAGCUAUAUAAUUAUUUGAAAAAAAGUGUAUUUAUAAACAAUGUAAAUAUUUGAAAGUUUUUUCAAUUGUAUAUAUCUAUAAAUAGUUAUGUAAAGAAUAUAUAAUAUAAUGAAACUUUAUUAAAGGCAAAAUCUUGACAAUUGAAAUUAAAAAACCAACCGUGUACCCCUUUGUCAUUGAAGCUUCUGCAGCCUAUUAAAAUAUAUUGUCAAUAUUUCUAGAACCAAAUUCAUAAUACGCAAAGAAUGGCGUUUUAAAAUUAACAUUUAUUAUAAAUAUCAAGCAGAUUGCAAAUAGAUAUACAAAAUUGUUAAAAAUAUUUUGUUUCUGUUUGCAUUAUACCUAACUGAUUAUAGACAUAAAAGAUCGAAUACAAAGAAUGUUGUAGAUCGUCACCAUUCAGAAAUUUUUUAAUUAGAGGAAUUACUUAAAAAUCAAUAUCAUAACUAUUGGAAACUAGAAAAAUCUUUGUCACGUAUGUAAAUCUGGAUAUUCGACAACUAAAUAAAAUAGAAAAACAAACAUUUUCAAUGUUCAUCAUCAACUCCAAUCUUUAAAUGGCAAUAAAAAAAUUUCCUGCCCCGUUAGCAUAGAGUUAUUGAUAAUUGCACUCUGUAAGUCGUUAUUAUCCUUUUUUGAUAUAUGUGUGGUCUUUAAGGGAUGCCAGAUUGACAUCUUUGAAACUACAGAUACGUUUCCUCGUAUUUGUUCACUGACUAUAACAGUAAAAAAAUCUUAUAGCCGAUUUAUAAAAAAUAGGGCAGUGUCGAGAAGUAUUGACACUAAAAAAAUAGUGAAAGGAAGGGAGUGACUUUUUAAAGGGAAAAAACUGUUUAUUUUCUAUAGAAAAAAAGUUAAAUACCAAAGUUGUAGGUAUUAUAAAGAUCUAAAACUUUUUUAAGUUUACUUUUUUUACAUAAUCUCAAACAACCAAGAUAUUGGUUUUUUAUUUUUAUUAUUUUCGAUAUUAAGUCAAAAUAUGGUAAAAAAAUAUAAUAUAAAAAAAUUACACUUUGUUUUGUGCACAAAAAGGUAGCUUUUCACCGAAUUCCGACAGAAAUAUUUUUUAAGAUGAAAAUAAAAAACCAAAAAGAUGGUUAUAAUAAAUUUUGAGGUUAUGUGAAAAAAUUCUAAAUGCAAAAGCUGUAGAUCUAUCUUACCUACAGCUUUGCUACUUACCUUGCUUGAGUGAAUGAAUAUGAAAUCUAAAAUCUUUUUUCUUGCUAGCUAGUUGCUCCUAUUUUGCCAGAAAAAAAGAUUCAACCCCCAGUCCUUUUUGUGAAAGCCUGUGAGCGGUGUCUUGGUAACAUGUAAUUCGUGUUUUAUAGUAAAACGACGAUAAUGAUAUCGCCUUCAAGGCGUGAAAAGUCGUUUGUAAAUGGAAACAGGCUACUCGGUGAAAAUCUGUAAUUUUUUGUGUGAUAUUUUCUUCCAUCUACAUCUAUUUUUAAGUAUUUGCCCUUGUUGACUUCGCGACUGGAAUUGAGAUCGUUGCACAUGCUCUCUUUAAUAGUGUCCAAAACAUUUCUACACUCAUCUUUUCCCUUAAAAUUGUUUUCCAAAACUUCGUCAAUCGAUUUAUUAGUCACAACUCGGAUAUUUCUUUAAUUUCUAAUUUCUUAGUCAUUUUGAUAUAUUAAUGCAUCUGAAUGUUCUUGGUUUUAGAUCUCUUGUGUUUUAAAAUUAGUUUUUUUUUUAAUAAUUUUUGGAAGAAAGAUAAAAUUUGACGUUUCUUUAAUUUUAAAAAAUCUAAUUUUAAAACAGAAGAGAACUAAAAUCAAGAACAUUUAGCUGCAUUAAUGAUCAGAUAUUUCUAGUGUAUUUUGAAAAAAUAAAUAUUCUUACCGAGUAAGUAUUUUUAGUUAAAGCAACUGUUACGCUUUUGAUUAACUUGAUUCGACACAUAAUAUAGCUGCUAUUGUAAAUCUUUUGAAGCCCAAAACGUUUAAAAAUAUUAUUUUUUCUUCCGUAAACGUUAUGAAACAUUUGCAUCUACGUUUAUUUUUAUACAAUGACAUCAUUUUUUUUUCUAACCAAUUUUAAAUUAUUUGUUUUAUUGACAGGUCUAUAUGUCUUGUUUAAAUUCCAUAACUUAACUUUGUAUAGUUUUCGUGUCCAAAGUAUUUAAAGUCGAUGUAGAUUUUCACCUCUUUGAUACGUAAAAAAGUUUUCAUUUUCUCACCAUUUGGUAUUCAAACCCCUAAAGAACAAAAUCUUCUGUUUUUCCAUUGUUAUUAAAGAGUCGAAAACUACUUGUUAUGAUGUUUACUGUGUAAAAUAAAGAUAAGAGAUAAAAUAAUCAACAUUUUUCUUCAUAUUCUGCAUUAUUAAGAUAUAUAAAUUGGUUACAUUGAAUUGUACAAACUUGUUAAAAUACUUGAAGUAAUAGGUUAAAAAUAACUGUGAUAAUCACAUUAUUAUGCUACAACUUUUAUUUAUAUCAAUUCAAUAAAACACUCUAGUUUUAAA